CCCAGGAAGGGCAGCAGCCCCCAGGCCCCAGCCGGGAAGAACCUCGUGCAGGCUCGUGUGCGGCGGGCAGGCCAGGUGGACAGCGGCCCCCAGCAGCUCUGCAGCCUGAGCAUCACCAGCUCAAGGCCCAAGACCGCCCUGGCCGAGAAGACCCCUGAGCACCCCCAACGAGAGGCCCCCCGGCCCCCAGAGGCUGGAACCGGGGCCCUUCUCAGGCAGGGCCACCCCAGGGCUGAGGCCUCACCAGCCCCAGAGGAGCUCAGCUUCCGAAAGUGCUUCCAGGAGACCCCCUCCAGCUUUACCUCCACCAACUGUACCUCACCGAGCGCCAACCCCGGGCCCCCGCCCCUCAGGGCCCCCCAGAGCAGCGGCGCCAGCCCCUGCCGGGCUGCCCCCUAUGUGGAAUUCCAGGCCAGCGGGGCCGAUGCCUGGCCUCCCCCAGCUGAGAACAGCUUCCCAGGUGCUAGUUUCGGGGUCCCCCAAGCUGAGCCGGAGCCCUUUCCCAAAGGCGGCAGCCCCAGGGUGGUUUCCUUCCAGCACCCCUUCCCAGAGCUGCAUGGGGCUGGCCCGAAACCCUUCCCCGAGGACGCCGCUGGGCCCGAGUACUCGGAGAGGGCACUGGUGUUUGCCUUCCACCAGCCUCGGGGAGCAUGGCCGGAGGAGCCAGUGGGCACGGGCCCGGCCUACCCGCUGCCUGCCCAGCCGGCUCCCCCACCCCCACCCUGCUACCCAGGCAGGCCCGGUGGCCUUGACCCCCACAGCGACCUCAGCAGUGCGCUCCCUCCACCUGGUGCUGCUCACCUGGCCCCCAGCCCCUUCUCAGAGAAUGCAGCCACUUGCCGGGACGGUUUGCACGAGAGCAUGACCAAAGUGCUCCCUGAGAGACCGCCUUCGGCCCACGAUGGGCCGGGGAGCCCCAGGGAGCCCCCGAACUCUCUGCCCCAGAGGCCCUUUCCCAGACAGGUGUAUGGAAGCCCAGGAGCCAGCGGGGUGGGCUCCAGCCCACGGUCUCUGGACACGGAUCUGGCCAUCCCGGGGCCUCCUACUGCCAUACUGCCCCAGCUGUGGGACCCCGCCUCAGCCACUUACUCCACACCUCCCCUGGGGCCCCCGGCCACCGCCAGGAGUGUGUUCUUCGAAGCCCAGCCCAGCCCAGGCCAGCGGCUCAGCCUCCCCCACAGCCCCCCACUGCCCUGGCCCCAGGUACUCCCGGCCACCGGGCCUAGCCCCCAUCGAAUGGAGUUGUUGAACCGGCUGCCCUUCCCCCUGGGCACCCCUGAGUGGCAGGGGGGCAGCCAGGGAGUCCUGGGUGCUGCUGGCAAGACACCUGGGCCGGGGGAAAAGCUGGUGGUCCUGAGAACCAGCCCAGGCCAGCAAGGCAGCAGCUCCCCUGGGCUGUACACCUACAACGGCCUGAAGGACCCUGGAGCCCAGCCCCUGUUCUUUGGGGUGGCCCAGCCCCAGGUCUCACCCCGGGGCACCCCCAGCCUUCCCCCACCCAGAGUGGUGGGAGCCUCCCCCAGCGAGUCCCCACUGCCCUCACCAGCCACCCACACGGCCAGCAGCAGCACGUGCUCAUCCCUGUCCCCACUGUCCAGCAGCCCAGCCAACACCAGCUCGGAGGAGAGCCAGCUCCCCGGCCCGCUCACACCCUCGGCCUUCUUUCACCCGCCUCCUCACCCCCAGGAGACUGGCAGCCCCUUCCCGUCCCCUGAGCCCUCCCACGCCCUCCCCAUCCACUACCAGCCAGAGCCAGUCAAGGCCUUCCCUUUCCCCACAGAGGGGCUGGGGGCCGAAGGUGCCUUCAGAUGCCUGGAGGAGACCCCGUUCCCCAGCGCAGUCCUCGAGGUGGGCAGCAGGGGGCUGGAGAGCUUCCCCCAGGAGCCACCCCCCUACCCUGCCCACCACUUCCCCCUCAGCAGUGCCAGCCUGGACCAGCUAGACGUGCUGCUCACCUGCAGACAGUGUGACCGGAACUACAGCAGCCUGGCCGCCUUCCUGGGGCACCGCCAGUUCUGCGGCCUGCUGCUGGCCAGGGCCAAGGACGGCCACCAGCAGCCCCCAGCCGUCCCCUCUGCACAGGCUUCCCCCACAGCACCAGCCAGCAGGAACCCGAGCCCGCUCAGCCACACCAGGACAGCCCCCUUCCUGCUGGGCGGAGACGUCCGGCCAGAUGGCAAAGACGACCCCCUGAGGACAAGUUUCCUGCCCAGCCUGGUCGCCGCCCCCUUCCCGCUCCCUGCCGCGGACCUGGACCUGGAGGACGAGGCCAAGCUGGACAGCCUCAUCACAGAGGCGCUCAAUGGCCUGGGGUACCAGUCGGACAACCCUGAGAUCGACAGCAGUUUCAUUGACGUCUUCACUGAUGAGGAGCCUUCCGGCCCCCGGGGCCCCACCACUGGGCAGCCCCCCAAGACCAGGGUGGGCGCCAUGCCAGAGAGCCAAGCCAAGCCCUCGCUCCAAGCUGUGGACACCCCCCUGGAGCCCCAGCAUCUGCACCCUGGGGAUGAGGACUACCCGGCCGGCAGGCCCAAAACCCACUCCCUGGGCCCAGCACCCACAGAGGCAGAUGGGGCCAGCCUGGUCAGCCAGCAGAGGAGAGGAAAGCGGUUUAAGUUGUUCCAGAAAGAGCUGGACACCGCCGACACCUCCAGGAGGCCAGGCAGGGGCACCAGAGCCGCCCGCCUGAGGCCUAGGAGGACAGGUGACCGGGCUGAGCCGCCCCCACCCCACCCCCGGGACCUUAGAACCCAAGCCCCGAAGAGCCACGCAGACCUAGGCGGACGGGCCCUCCUGGUGGAGACCAGGAGCUCCAAGCGCCUCCGACUGUCCCCCGGCGGCAAGGAGGCCUGGAGACGGCGGGCUCGGGGCGGCACCUGGAGCAAGGAGCUCAUCCACAGGAUCGUGCAGCAGAAGAACAGGGCUCGCGAGCCCCAGGCGCCGCGGGGCCCGGCCGCACAGUCCUCCCCACGGGGCACCGUGGGUGCUUGCCCCCAGGAGUGCGACUCCGAGUCCGAGGAGGAGGAUGGCCCGAGGCUGCGCGGCCCCCGCCUCAGAGGCCAGCUCCGCCCCAGCGGCCGGCGGUGGCAUCGAGGCGAGAAGAGGAAGGAGGGGGACUUGACCCCGGGUCCCAGAGAGCAUGGGCAGCAGCGGAAGCCCAGGAAGGUUGUGAGGCAGGAUGCCGCGAGGGACAGGGUCUCGCUGGCCCCAGAGGAGCCGGGCGGGCCUGGGCUGGGCCUGUCACACAGCCCAGAGGACGGAGUGGGCCCCAAGGAGAGAGGCCCCCAGCGUCUCCUGCAGGUUCUCACCGGUGCUGAGACCCCAGAGGAAAACCCUCCACCUCUGGGCUUCCCCCAAGAUGCCAGGAAGCCUGACGUUUCAGAAGAGUUGCCCCCUGACACCACAGAACUUCUCAGAGAAGCCUCUGCAGACACCUGUGAGGGAGGAAGCCCCUGCCCCCCAACCCCAGCGCGCCCACAGCCCGGGGGAGAGGGCCCCCCAGCCUCCCCCCAAGGGGAACCGCCAGUGCACGUCGCUGACGCCGCCGACACAGCCCACCCCGAGCCCACGGCCCUCGUUUUGAAGCCCCCCGGCCUCGGGCGUGGUCCUGCUCUUCCUCACGGAAGCCCCACAGGGGCUCCAGCCGCCAGAAAGGAGCCUCAGCCACACUCCAGCCCCCCUGGCGAGCUGCUCCUCGGACUCAAAGCCCUGGCUGGCUGUUUCCAUGAAGCCCUGUGCCCCCAGCCCUCAGCCCCGGACAGUCUGCCAGCCAGCAGGGCAUGCCUCCACCAAGACGGUGUGGACACCAGUUCUGGAGAGCCAGUGCCACCCAGGAACCCACCCUACACCGUCGUCACAGGCCUAGGCAAAGAUGAAUUGCCACUGGCCUUAGAGCCCACGCCUCUCUUCUCGGGGCUGCCCGUGGACAGCUUUGACCCACCCGUCUAUAGCAGCCUGUCUGGGAAUGGGGACACCCACAUGCCACCUGCCUGUGCCAGCCCUCCUCUGAGGAAACCCCAGUUAGACCCACCGUACCCCUCGUUUCUGCCCGAGAAGGGCUGGUCCCUGCUGGAGGAAGAGUCCCCGAUGCCACCUGGCCAUCUGGGCCCUUUUCCUGGCCUCUCAGGGGAAAAGGCAUUCAGUCAGAAGUGUCCCAGUGAAGGGACAGUGGCCACCAGCCUCCCUGCAUUAUCAGGUAAGGUUACCAAGUGCAGCUCCGCUUUUACGGGAGGCCUUUCCGAGGAAGAGCUGGAGAUCAAAAGGCUGGUCACUGAACUGGAAAGUCAGCUGCAAAGUAAAGGUGCCCAGGAGGCCCCGGGAGAGCAGUCCCGAGUCCAGACGGCAGGCAGCGUGCAUGUGGGCACCGCCAGCCCUGCGCCCGUCCUCCAGGCCGCCUCGCCCUGCAGGGACGCGCUCUCUGCAGCCAACGUCACCGGUCCUGGGGAGUUGAGCCCACACCCAGAAGGGGAGGAGACAGCUGUGGUCACCGCGGGGGGCACUCUGGGGAGCCCGGAGGAGGAGUGGCCCUCCUUCCACCCAGAAGCAGCCCUGCCCCCCAGCACCCACGGAAACGGGGCCAGCCUCAGUUUCCAUCCAGUGCGGAAAGCCAGGAUCUCCAAGACAGGGCUCCUCCGCGCAGAAGGGGACAUCGGGGCCCCCCUGGAAGUCUGUCUGCUGGACCCUGGAGAACCACUCACACCCCCAUCAGAUGUGGGAAGUUUAGCAAAGUGCAGCCCCAACCGCAAGCCUUCACCUCCUAAGAGUAACAGGACCACCAGGACACAGCACGGCCAAGCCCCCCCACUGCUCCUUCCCUGCACGCAGGGAGGAGGCCCUUCCCCGGGAUCCUGCAAGGCACAGGUGCCCCGUCCAGGUCCCCCUGAGCUGGAAGCAUUUGGCAGCCCUGUUGCCCAUCUGACACCUAGCCUGGCAAUUCGGGGUGCCACCCCUCCUUCUGGUGCCAGUCCCAGCAGGGCCCCCAAGGGACACCCUGCGACAAGCACAGGCGGGCCAGAAGGAGCAGGGCUCCUCGGCCCUGUGGCGGGGGGCCCUGGCCCCGAGCGUGAUGAGCGCUUUGGACCAGCAGGAGCCUCCACAAGUCCUGCCUGCAUGCUUGACCCCGGCCCCAGCAGGAAGCCCCCGGCCCCAGCCACGAGCCCCCUUCAUCAACUUCAGCUCCUGGUGGCCAGAGCAGCUGAGAGGGAAGACUGCACCCAGAGCUUACAGGCUCCCCCCGCUGCCAACGCCCAGCGCCCUCAGCACGGCAGCCCCUCCGACCCGGGAGGGGGACAGUGUGAGCCGUGGGCAAACAGCCUGCAGCCCCGCCCAGAGUUCCCAUGGGGCUGUGCAGCUACAGCUGACCCUGCUACGGCCGGGUGUGAACUGGGGCCAGAGGGAGAUGGAUAUCUGGGCUCACAGGGCCAGGCCAAGAAGCCCGAGGACCAAGUCGAGGCCAGCUCACUGCAGCCAGGUGACCAAGGGAGGCCCGGGGGGCCGGACGACCUUGCCACAGCCGGUGCCAACGAUGAAACCACGCCGGCCUGGCUGGUGGGGGCUGCAGACCAGCUGAGAGGGCAGCACCAAGGAAGCAGGGAAGCCGUAGGCCUUUGGAACAAGACACGGGCCACCCCCAGCUCCACCUCCUCUGAGGCAGACCCUUCAGGCCUAGCCUCUGCAGCAGCCCACACCCGAAAUGGGCCUGAGGACCAGACUCCAGAGGAAGCAGCUGGCCCAGGCCUUAAGGAACAUCUGCCUUUUGCUGGGGAGAACCCAGCGCCCCCAGUCAGGGCCCUGGCCAGCUGCUCCUCCUUGCCUACUUCUGCAGCCUCCCUCGGUCCCUGCAGCCUCCAGCCCCUGCCCCGGGAAGACCCUCCUGCUGCACCUUCAGGUGAGCUAAGGGGGCCGCUCCCAGCGUCUCCAUCCUGUGGGGACCCUACCAGCCCGCAGCUUCUGCCAACCCAUUCUCCUACCUGGGCACCUCCACAAAGGGCCGACUGCACCCCAGACCCCACAGAGGCUGGGGUGCCCCUGGACGUGCCCCCAUCUUUGAGGACAAGCCCCUGUGGCCCCAAGGAAAGCCAGACUUGCCACCCUCUCCUGGGGGACUGCAGCCCCCUGGAAGACCCUCCCAAGGGCCAGCCCAGCUCCGUCCAUGUCCUCAGUCCCACCCAUGAAGGGGACCACCCCGGAGGUUGCAUGUCAGGAGCCCCAGAAGGUUCCAGAAAAGAAAGGCCACGGCAAUUUCCUGCCUGCACCACCCCUCCCCACUCAGCGAGGACCAUCUGCGCAGUAGCCACCAUCAAGGCCUCUGCCCUGCCCGGCACUCCCACCACCGGUGGCCUGGGGGCAGACAGAGGCCCCAGGGCCGAGUGGCCAGACCCCCACUGCAGGGGAGCCUCGGCCCACACCCGCCCCAAGGGCCAGUCCUCCGAACCCCCAGGCAACAGGGAGGGCCAGGUUGUCACCGCUGUGCCCGCUGACCCUUCCGCACUGGGGACUGCAGGGCCAGACCCCCACACCUGCUGGGAAGACGAGGCAGAGGCCAGCUGCCAGGGACAAGAAGGCCUGGAAACACCUGGGGCCAUGCACCCUGGCAUCGCAAAGGCAUCGCGAGCAGGCGCCAGCGGCCUGACGGUCACCUGCCCUUCCCCAGAGUUCUACCCAGGCAGAGCCACGUCCCUGAGCAGCACAGCCAGCAGCUCCAGACCCAACUCCCCCCAAAAACGUAGAAACCUCCUCUUCCAGAGACCCCAAGGGGAUCCCCUCAGUCCCCAGGACCCCAGACAGACACCUCACAGGUUUAGAAAGAAGCCUGCAUUCACUGAGAACGGCCACUGGAGGGACAGAGCCCCCAGUGGGAGGCCUGUGACCUGUGAGGUUUGCCUGGCCUCCUUCCGCUCUGGGCCGGGCCUAAGCCGCCACCGAGCCCGGAAGCACGGACCGCACCGGGAUGCUGCCUCCCAGCCAAGCCCACAGUCCACACCUACCCCCAAGCCUGGGAAGCCCACAGCCCAGACAUGCCACCCCCCCGGGAAGAGUCGCAGGGCACCCGGGAAGAAGACAAGGCACUUGCUGGAGGGCCCCAGCCUCGCCGCAGGGCCGCCUCCCGUCAGGGGCGCCGAGGACGCCCUGGGUUCCAAGAUGUCAGAGAGGCUUAGGAAGGGGCUCAGCAUCCUGGGAGGACCAGGCUGUCCCCCAGGCUGGGAACCACACCCCCCCAGGCCUGGUCAAGCCAGGGGUGGACGUGAGGCCUGCAGAGCCCAGGAAACGGGACCAGCUGGAGAGGAACGAGCCCCAUCCCAAUGGGCAGAGAAAGGAAGGGGCCAGAGGCGGGGCAGACCGCCCGUAGACUUCCCCAGCAAGUCAGAGGGGAAAGUCAACAAGAAAGCGCGGAAGCCGCGAGCGAGAAGGUUCCGGGAGGAGAGCGGUCCCCGGGUCCCUCCUGAUGGGGUUUCAGAUAGAAGCAACUGGAAUCCGUCACCCACCACUACCAGCUGCCCCGCUCCCCCGAGCCACCACCUCUCGCCAGAGGCAGAGCAGGAGACCCAGGCCGCACAGCCACCUCCCCUGGCCACGGACCCAGAGGAGACAUCCGCGAAGAAGCCACCCGGGGAUCGGGUAGUGGAGGAGGCGCCUCCCGGGGAAGAGCCAGGGGGGCAGAAGGCAGCCCUGGCAAGGGGGUGCCGGGGGUCCAGAGAGACCAGGACGUCGGGUGUCUGCAAGGAGCCGCCCGGGGUGGCUAGGGGAAAGCCUGCAGGCGACGGCAGAGUGGCUGAGAGCGGGUCGGGGCGAGGUGCCUGGGAUGGACGCGAGCCCCCCUGGGGCCCCCCAGGCGCUCCUGGGGCUUGUGGUUCCGAGGCAGGUGGCAGCAGUCGCCCCCAGGUUCCCCGGCACGGCCCAGGAGACGGGGUCCAGGAGCAGCAGAGCGCCGUUCCCGGAGCCCCCAGCCCAGACCUCGGGGACCCUUUGAGCUUGUUUGAUGAUGAGGCCUCCUUUUCCCAGCUCUUCCCCCCAGGUGACCGCUUGACUCGGAAGAAGAACCCCCGUGUCUACGGGAAGCGCUGUAAAAAGCCCACGUCCCCACUGCGGCCAGAGCCCAGCGGCCAGGCGGGGGACAGCGCCGCCCCGAGCCCCGCCCGCCUGCCCACAGACCUCAGCGACUCAGGCUCGCCCUGCCUGUCCCACGAGGACCUGUGGGGGGGUGCGGCCGCAGGUCUGCCGGAGUCCUUCCUCCUGGAAGGCUUCCUCAGCAGCAAGGUGCCUGGCAUCGACCCCUGGGCCCCGAGCCCCAGCCUGUUGGCCCUGGAGCCUGACCUGGAGGCAGACCCCCGCCACAAUGAGGACCACCUGUCAGAAAACAUCCCUGAGCUGCACAUGGUCCCGCCAGCUUGGCGAGGCCUGGAGCUGCAGGACCCCGCCGACGAUGCCACCUCUCCUCUGGGAGACGUGAGCCCGGAGCCCCCCGACCUGGAGCAGGAGCGCUACGACUGUGGGGUCCCGGGGAGCGCCGUGGGUCUGGAGACGCCUGGCGCCAAGCUGGAGGUGCAGGCCCUGUGCUUCCCUGAGGGUCUCUCCAGUGCGAGCUGCUCGGGCUUCACAGCCAUGGCCAGUUCCCAGGGCCCACGGAGCAGGACAGCGGAGGCGGCCAGGGCAAGAAAGGCCCCAGGCGGAGGCCGACUGGCCAAGGCCCGGAGGGCGUCCCACAAGUGCAGGGUGUGCUUCCAGCGCUUCCGCGGCCUAGGCGAGCUGGACCUGCACAGGCUGGCCCACAGCCCCUCGCCACCCCCAACCUGCUACAUGUGUGUGGAGCGCAGGUUCGGCUCGCGCGAGCUGCUGCGGGAGCACCUGCAGGAGAAGCAUGUGCAGAGCAAGGUGGGGCCGUGGGCCUGCGGCAUGUGCCUCCGGGAGGUGGCCGACGUGUGGAUGUACAACGAGCACCUGCGGGAGCAUGCUGUGCGGUUUGCCCGCAAGGGGCAGACGCGGAGGACCCUGGGGGACCUGCCUGGAGGCUGGGAGGGGGACGGCGCGGUCAUGUACUUCCUGAGUGGCAUGGUGGGGCAGACGUCCAAACCCCACAGGGGCAAGCGUUCUGUCGGCAAGGCAGGCGGCCCUGCAGACGCCUUGGGACAAGACUCCGGAGCUGGGAAAGAAUUCCUGAGGGAGAAGCCGAGACCCAAGGCCCGCAGCAAUAGCUCAGACCCAGACCCAGACCCAGACCCGGACGGUGCCUCCGCCCAGGGCAGCCCGUCAGCCUGCGCGACCCCCGCCCCGCCCGGCGGCUCAUCCCCUGAAGCCCGUUCCAGCGGCGAGCCCCUCCUCCCGGCGGCCCCCGUACACCAGGACUGCAAGGACCCAGCCCGCGAUUGCCACCACUGCGGGAAGCGGUUCCCCAAGCCGUUCAAGCUGCAGCGCCACCUGGCGGUGCACAGCCCGCAGCGCGUCUACCUGUGCCCGCACUGUCCGCGGGUCUACCCGGAGCACCGGGAGCUGCGCGCGCACCUGGGCGGCGAGCACGGGCUGCGCGGGGAGCUGGAGCUGCAGCACACGCCACUGUACGCCUGCGAGCUCUGCGCCAACGUCACACACAUCAGCAGGAGGUCCUUCGUCUGCAGCUCCUGCAACUACACCUUCGCCAAAAAGGAGCAGUUCGACCGGCACAUGGACAAACACCGGAGGAGGGGGCAGCAGCCCUUCACGUUCCGUGGCGUGCGGAGGCCCAGAGCCCCUGGGCAGAAGGCCCCGGCCCAUGAGGGCUCCCUGCCCAGCAAACGGCGCAGGGUGGCCCCGCCCACCAGCCCCCCCAGGUCCAGUGUGGACCGGCCUUUGUCCCGGAGCAGCAGCCCCACCCUGAGCGAGGGGUCCCUCCCAGCCCUGCUCCAGCCCUGCCGAGAGGCAGCUCCCAGCACCAUGGAAGGGCAGCCCAGGACCCCAGAGAGGCCCACAGACCCUGUGGGCCAUCCAGUCAGGGGCAGUGAUCUGUCCUCUGACCUCCAGGAGCUCCUGCCCCCAUCCCUGUCUCCUUUCCCAGCAGCCUCACCUGAUGGCAAAGAUGGCCACAAGCUGGACCAGGCCCUGGAGAGCUCUGAGGAUGAGGCUUCCCCUGGCAGCCCAGAGCCUCUCCUCCAGGAGGCUGCCCCGUCAGAGAGCUCUCUGCCCCAGCCGGGAGCCAGAGGCCAAGAUGUAGGGGAAAAGAGGGCUGCUGGCCCGUUCUCAGGGAAACGCAGGACCCCGAGCGCCCCUGGCAAAUGUGCCCCUAACCAUCGCCCAGAGGCCUCCUCCCUGCUCUGGAAGGAGAAGCAGGUGUCCACAUGUCACUUGGCACCUUCAGGGGCCACGGGAGGCCCCUCCCAUAAAGGCAGUGCCACCAAGCCUGGGGGCUGCCGGAGCUCAUCAAAGGACAGGUCAGCUUCGUCCACCCCUAGCAAAGCACCCAGGUUCCCAGCACAACCAAAGAAGGCGGCGGCCAGUCCGACACACGGAGAGCUAGCCCGUGGCACUGAGGACAGGCCAAAACCCACCACCCUCAAAGCCAAGCCGGGCCCCAGCUCCCAAGGUGCUGGAGGCCCCCAGCAGGGCACCAAGACAGCAGGCGGCAGCCAGCCCCAGCCAGCCAGUGGGCAGCUCCAAAGCGAGACAGCCACCACCCCUGCCAAGCCCAGCUGCCCAGGCCAGGGCCCCGCCCCAGACAAGCCCACACCUCGAGCCCCAACUAAAGGCUACCCCAAGGGACCAAAGGAAGCUGGUGAGCAGGGGCCACGAGGGAGCCUGGGCCCCAGGGAGGGUAGGGACAGUAGUGAAAAGAAGAGAAAGGGCCGGGCCCCAGGGCCAACCAGGGGUGAAGGUGUGGGGAGCCUGGGGAGGGGCCCCUUGGUCCCUGACAGACCCCACCGGGCACCUCGAAAGCAGGCAACUCCCAGCCGUGUGCCUCCCGCCAAGCCCAGGCCCUGUAGCCAGAACAGCACAGUGCCCCCCCAGCCCUCAGAGCUGCGGAAGGGGGAGCCCAGCCACACUCAUGGGGAUACCAGACGUGUCAAGGAGGGGUUGGGCAAGGCCCUACCCCAAGGGAGACCCCUGCACAGGCCCCCCAGGAUGGGCGGGGCUGUCCACGGCACUGAACCCACCCACCCCCGGGCCUGCCGGACAGCAGAGUCCCAGAGCCACCUCCUCAGCCAACUCUUCGGGCAGAGACUAACCAGCUUCAAGAUCCCUUUAAAAAAGGACCCUCCUGAGUAAUUUACAGGAGCCAGUGAGUGCCUGGGAGUGGGGCUGGGAACACAUCCAGUGCAUGGGCCCCUGUCUACGUGAGGAGCUCCAGUCCUCUGAGAGAGUUGGCCUGCUGGCCACAUCUUAACCCACUUGGCUUAUAGUUCAAAUGCUCAGACUUUGUGUGAGAGCUGAGACACAUGCUUGAGCUGGGCCUGGGCUGGAGAGCAAUACCUUCCUAUCUGGAAGGCAAGGGUGAGGGGCGGGCCAGCUGCAGCCUCUUUGAGACCACACAGCUAUUUUCUCAAUACCCAGAACAUAGAGAGCAACUCACCCCACCUCGCCCCAUGUGCCCCAUUUCCGGGGCCUGGUAUGCCACAGAACCCCUUGUGGUGAAGGUUUGCACAGGUGCUCCCACCCAUAUCAUCCAGCGGGGACGUCAGUCGAGGCAGCCGCAGGUCAGAUGACGGCAAGCCUCCUCUUAGUCUCAUUGCUGCUGUUGCUGGAAUUCUAAAGUGACUCUAGACAUCGGACGGGGCGGGGGCAGAAGAGCCAUUUGCGAGCCACCUGCCCCCUCCCCCUGCCCUGCCCCCGACAGAGCGCAGCAGGCCUUCUCUGACCACAGGCCCAUGUCAGCUUUUGUCCGCGCUGCCGAUGGGGAAGCAGGCACCCUGACCCCUGGGGACCCGGCCCACUCCCGCCGGUCCUCCCCCCAGCCUCCACAGCUGCCCUGUCCAGAGCCUGCCUCCUGCACGGAGCUCUCUGCUGCACGUAUCAGCAAUUUUACUCUGAAGUUUCUGGUGCUAUUUUCGUGUUGUAAUGUGAA